AUGUCGGCUAUCCCAUCCCACGGCGCAGCCGACCACGAGGUUGACCCUGUGCAGCGCACCCAGCGGUACGUUCAAGACCACCAGCUGAAUGAGCUUUUUGGGCAUCUGCUCCAACUCGUCCUCUAUCACCGCCCUGAUGACCCGCGGGCCUUUCUCGCUGAGGAGGUGCGCAAGAUUCGUGAGGAAAAACUCACCUCGCCGCUCUUCACAGAACGAGAUCUCGAGACGAUGUUUGAGAUGAUUGAUGUGACAGCGCAGCGCUGGAUAACGGUCACGCAGCUGCGCAAUACGUGCCGCAACCUUGCGACAGCCUCGUCAACGAGCACCGUAAGCACCAGUGGCGGCGGUCUUACAGCAGAGCAGGAAGCUGCCAUUGCCGCUGCAGGUGACGCUGCGGGACACGUUACCAUAGAGAACUUCAAGGAGGUACUGUCUUCGCUGUUACUCACCAAGAACAUAUGGUCUUAG